AUAUAACUCGACAGCAGUGUCACAGUCAGGGCGUGUGUUCAGACCAGCAGCUAAAUAAAGCGAAGUGUUAAACAUCUUUCAAGUCAGGUAUGUUUUUUGAUAAUGACUUUUAAGUUUAUGUAUCAGGCUUGAAAUACAAAUGUCUCAAGAGUUCUUUGUCCAGCCUACAGGUAUAUUUGCUGUUGUAAAGUUGUUGCUAAUUCCACAGGAAACUGAAGAAAAUGCCACUACCUGUGACAGUGGUGCUCAUGCUCAUUCCUUUAGCCUGUGGAGAGAACCCUGCAAUACAACUCAUUUUGAACAGUAAAGGUCUUCAGUAUGGUAAGGCAAUUUUUGAUGGUUUUAUAUCCUUAUCAGUCAUUAUUUAUACACAAAAACUGCUUAACAAGGCUUCACAUUGUUUUUAGUCUAAUGUAUGUUAAAAAGACCCAAUAGAGUUCAAAUUAGAUUAGGAUGGGAACACAGUCACUUUUUAAAUGUUUGUUCUGUAUGUGCCAGGAAAACAUAUAGGUGCAGGAUGGAUUCAGGAGCAGCUGGAGCUCAUCACUCUUCCUGAUAUCAGUGGGGAGAUUGACGUUUACAUCCUUGGCACUGUAUUCUACACACUAACUGGGUAGGAUUCCAUUUUUCAUUGAUAAGUUUUGGGAUGUCUAUUUAGUUAGAGUUAAAUUUAUACAAUCCUUCUUUUGGCAAGCAUUAUCUCUUCCUGACCAUUUGACUCAUAAAAAAGAAGAGGCUCUAGGAUGAAUAAAUAUGUUCCUGACCUGGUCAAUAAUUUAUAUGCCUACAAUACUUAUGGUUGAUUUUACUUCUUUCCCUGUGUGUACUAGCGUCACCAUAACAAAGUGCGACUUUCCAGAGCCGUCUGUGGAGUUCUAUCAAGAUGCCACUGGAUUGAAAACAUCCAUCUUCGAUCUAAGUGUUGCAACAAAAGGAGGGUGGAGAAUAAACUAUGGCAUUCUGUGAGUUUUUUUAUUUUCUAUUUUCUAUCUCAGUUUACUUGAUUCUAAAACCACUUGUCCACAGUUGUUCAAUCAGUGUUUGUCAUAUUGUUUUGUAAGAUAAAACACAAGUCUACAAACCUCUGAUGUAUACUAUUCAUCCACAUCACCACAAUGUAUAAAUAUCCAUAAUAAUGAAAGUCAUGUAAAUCAUGAAGUUAAGGAGUGUAAGUACAACAAAUCAAAUAUAAAGAUAUUCAUAAGGACAGAAUGAAGAAGUGAAAUCAAAGGUUUCAGUUCAAAGUUUCAUUUACUGUUCUUCCAGCAAAGUGGCUCUGCUGCUAGUUCUUGUUUAAGGCUGGUUUCGAUCUCUGCUCUCAGUUUGAUCUGAGGAUCUCUAUGUCUCUUUCAAUGUCCACCGUCAUUGUACAUUACGGCCCUGUUCUCUAGUCAACCUGAUAGACUCAAAUGUCUUUCUGAUAAGUUAGUCAGUAAUCUAUGGUGUUGUACCUUUAAAGAAAGGCCAUAUGAUUAAUUAAGACAUUUAAAAAUCAUUUGGGUGGAGGGACACACACACACACACACACACACACACACACACACACACACACACACACACACACACUAGCCAAACUCACACUCCGAAAUAUACAAACCAGAGAUUUUGGUUACAUCCUGCUUAUUCUUGAUUGGUAUCAGUUUACUUUUCAUCAUAAUAUAUAUAUUCCAUUUUUGAAGCAUAUGUAUAGUAUACACCUCAUUUUCAGUAUAUGUCAACCUACUACUAUCUUUCCUGUAAAUAUUAGACAAAAAAGGAGGAGUUUACUGUGGAUAUUAUUAUGUCAAGCCAAAGGUCUUUUUCACUUCUCUAGUGAAAAGUAUUCACUUUAAUAUUUCUAAUGGCACAAAGAUAAUUCAAGGAAGAAAAUAAGUCAGAAGAUAAGUCAGAAAAGGAGAUUAUCCUUUUUAUUGCAAACAUGUGGGAUUUAAGAAAUAUCUCCACAAAUGUAUUCAUAUGGUAAAGGGUUGCAGUGACUUUGGGGGAUAUAGGUUCACUGACAGCUCUAUGUAAUGCAUAUGCUUUUGCUGUGUAUUUUCAGACAUGGUCAAGGAUCGUUCAACAUGGCAAUAUUUGGUAUUGAUGUGACCUCGGUUGUGAACCUAGGGAAAGAUCCUGAUGGCCAUCCGACAGUCACCAGUGUCAGCUGUGAUGCUCAAGUCAAGGAUAUGAACAUUCACUUCCAUGGUGGAGCCAGGUACUGUAGGACAGAGGGUGAGGCAUAUGAAUGAGGCUAUGCUGCUGUCAAGAUUUUAACCCUGUGAUGUUAUUUGUCAUUAGUUGGAUCAUUCAGCCUUUUGUGGACCAUUUAAAGGGCCGUAUCAGAGGUGAAUUAGAGAAUAAAGUAAGUGUUCCUCGAUAUUUCUGUGAUAUAUAUCAUGGAGGCUUGGUGUAUUCUCUAGAAUCAUCAGAUAAUGGUCAUGAGAUAUCAAUAAUAAUAAUAAUUAUAGAAAAUCUAUAGAUUUCCAGUGGUAAGCACAGGACAUGUUUCUUUGUAGAUCUGCCCUGCUGUUGAGGAAUACAUUCUUAACUUGGAGUACCACCUACAGGCCAUGAACGGUACUGUAGACAGUAACAUCUUCAUAGAGACUCUACAUCUCCAAAACAAUGAUAACAACAAUGCAGGCCAAAGAAUAUAUACCUGAGUAAAAUCAUUGUCAGACAAAUAUGUGAAUACAUGCAUGAAUAAAUAAAUAAAUAGGUUUACAAAUGAUUCUAUCCUGUUUAGUUUCCUUCGAUGUGAAUCAAGACCUUAAGAUUGACCUUCCUCUGAGCAGCUUACCUAUUAUUGAUGCUUCAAGCCUGAAUCUGGGUCUUAAGGUAAGGAGAAACACACAAGGGGCUUCAUAUGAACCAUUUUUGCAUGGUCUUUUGGCCACAUUACUUGUGCAGCUCUUGUUAACACAUGACAAACAAAAUUAUCAUUAAAAUUAUAUAAUCCUUUGCAACUCUUGAUUUAAAGGGGGAAUUCUAUAGUAUCAAAAGUCCCACAGAGCCUCCCUUUGAGGCUCAGCCUUUCACCAUGCCUGAGCGCCCAGACUACAUGCUGUCAAUGGGCCUGUCUGAAUUCACUCUGAAUUCAGCCUCAUAUGGAUACUACUCAGCUGGACUGCUCAAAGCCCUCAUCAAUGAUAGCAUGGUGAGUGCCCCUGAAAAUAGUCAUAGACUGACAAAAGGAAAAAGUAGAUCAUACACACAGACAUUUUGCUUCAAGUUUGGUCUGAUUUCCUGCAAGUUUGACAUUUGGUCAGUCCAUUCAUUUUUUGCACUUUUCAAAAACGUAUCACUUUCUGUCCUACACAAAGUCUCCUUCCUCUGCAGACCAUGUGAUGUUGAUGUUGUCAUUAUCACUUCAGAUACCACCAAGAUUUCCUGUUCACCUCAAUACCAGCUCAAUGGGGCAAUUUAUCCCUCAGGUAUGUUUAUCUACAAGGGGAAUUUGUUAACACUGGAGAUUAAUAAUUUCAUCGUCACCCUCUAAAAAUAAUGGCCUUAGUCACAUUAUGCUCUUCAGAACAUUUAAUGAAUAUUUUCUGAAAUUUGCCUCAUUCACACUCUUGACAGAGGCAAUGAAACUACAAGGGUAGGAUCACAUGAUCUGUUCAACUGAGGAUGUACACAAUUCUACUACAGACCAGCAUCAUAGAGGACUGACUUGGGCAAAAGACUAAGUUUUGUCAGAAAAUGACUUAGACCAUUAUCUCAAGGUGAUGCCGUGUUAGUUACAGGCCUCAUAUUAGUAUGUUCCAUUGGUGUGAAUCUUUAAGCACAGUUCAUGUCAACCCGAAUUGGCUUUCUAGCUAUUGAACACAGAUAAUUGGACAGUGUUUACCUCAGCCUGUUAAAAGACUAAACUACAGGCUGUUACUUCAACUUCUUCAUCCAUGGUUGUACUGGGGUUUCCAUUGAAAAAGAUUUUUUAAGGUCAGGAGGAAGAGGGAAGGACAAUGACUCGUUGAGAUUUGAUAACGAACUUCCUGUUGAGACAAAGAUUGUGGUUUAAGCACUGUUUAACCCUCAAGCACACAAAUCCAUGUUUUUAUAGUGGCUCAGUGUUACGACCCGAUUCGUCAAGGGAAAAGGGGAGCAACAUAGACCCAGUUUGUGGUAUUAAGUGUUAUUUAUUACAAGGAAGUGCGAUUAAAUCAUAACAAGAGUGAGGCAGGGAAAAAGGCGAGUGUUGUUCAAAUCAUCAAAGAAACCAAAAUAAUCUCUGACCUAGAGUCAACACAUAGACACUGCUCCUUCUAAAACAAAAAUGGAAAUCAAACUCUUCUAACUAGUCUAACCAAACAAAAAUUACAGACGAAUUUACAUCCAAAUGACAUCCCUGCCGUUGUAACAAACCAAACAGUGUGAAAACCGGGCAGAGAUUUGGAGACAUAUUAUCAAUAUGGUUGAACAUUCCUACCUACCCUAAUGUACUGGAGGCGCAUGGGGGACCCAUCCAAGAUGGCGGGCUUUGAGGUGUCUACGUAUAUUAUGUUAAAGACCACAUGGGGUGUGUGGCUGGCUGAAGCGCUCAUCAGAAAGUAAUUAAGUGAAAUGAAGAAUCGCAAACAUCAUACCUAUGAUUUGCUCCUUGAUUAAUGGCUGGCACAAAUUCCGGUUAACUUAAAUUUGGAUCAUUACAAUACAGUACUGCUGAUUUAAAAAUCAAUUUAAAUUUUAUUUAAAAUAACAGUUGAUUUAAUGAAAAAAUGCUCUUUUAUAUACUGAACUACUGCUCCUUUAAAUUUAGCUUCUUUAAAUUCAUCUAUUUGUCUGACCUGCGCAUUGAAAAUAAAUAGUAUCAUACUCUCAGUUAAUUCAAUGUUUUACAUGUAGUAAAUCCUGCCUGUGACACAGUAGAUCAUCUAAAAAAAUGUUGAAAGUUGCCAAAAGCAAAAAAUGGGGGGAGAGAAAACAAAGUAAAUUAAAUGGUCCAUUCCUUCUUUUUCUGCAGCUUCCUAAACUUUUCCCAGGACUUCUGAUGGAUCUUCAGUGUUAUGCCAGAGAGAUUCCGCUGUUUUCCUUUCUGCCUGGAAGUGUAAAUCUAGGCUUCCAGGGAGCCAUAAAGGCUUUUGUCAUCCAGCCAAAUGGCACUCAAACCCCACUGUUCAAACUCGAUGUUGUGAGUAAAGCUGUUUCUGGCCUCCAGUUUACCUGAAUGAAUAAUGAAUCAUUGGAAUAGUCUGUGACCUUUUUGCCUUCUUCACUAUUUUUAUUGUUUUGUUCUAAAAUGCAGUGUACAAGAGAUACAUCAGUAAUACACAUCUUGCAAGUGGCAUUAUUUUUGAGCCUCAUUUUUGCACUGAUGAGCUACAGAAAAAUACUUUUGCUUUGAAAGGGAACACAUUAGAGAAGGUUUUUUGCUCAAAGAAUAACUAUUUUGUAGCAAACACCUUUGGACAAGAUAAUUACUUGCAAGUGUUGUGCAGCAUCCAAAGCAGUUAGACAGUUAGACUACUAUUUUGAAAUCGUUUACCAUAUGGUCAGGAAAGAUUACAGCGUGUCAAAUAUAAGGUAUCUGACAUGUAGCUAAACAAUAUAUUGGUAUGAUAUUACAUGGCUAUGAAAGACAGCCAAGAGAUCAGUCAUAAUGAUCAUUUGCUGUGGUUACAAUCAAAACUCUCUUUUUGUCAGGAUUCAGAAUUCAGCAGUCAAGUUUGGAUUGCAAAUGGAAAACUGAAGGGCUUUGGGAAAAUAAACAAGUGAGCACAACCCUGUUUUUAUAAAUGUACCCCUGAACAUAAGCUGUCAAAGCAAACAAAGUAUUAAUACCACUUUCUUUCCAACAGUUUCACACUCACACUGGUGGCGACUGAAGUGGGUUUUUUUAAGGUACAAUUCCUCAAUCAAAAACUUCCUCAAUUUGGAUGUCAGCAACAACCAUAUGAUUGUACAAACAACUGAGAUGCUAACUAUGAACACUUUGUUAUUUUGUUUCUUUGUAGACUGAUAAUCUGGAGAAGUUGGGGAGGAUGGGAACAGCACUGGCUCUGGCAAAACUGAAUGGUCAGCCUGGGACAUUUUAAAAACUGUUUACUUUUUAUCACUCUUUUAGCACUACCUAUCUCUCUUCUGUUCUUUGGGCAUCAGCCUGAGCUCAUGCAGCUAACACACAGGAAGUUCUGCUCUACUUCAUAGGAAUCAUUCUCUCUUUAUUUUACCAUACUUUUUUCUGUAGACAGUUUUGUUUUAUCUGAUAAGUCCAGCUAUGAAGGGGGCAAUGUAUUUUUCUAUCACAACGGGACAGUAUUAGACUGCUCUGAUUGGGUUUAUGUGAAAGCUAUGAGUUGCGUGUAUAUCGACAGAACUUUCAUAGCAUUCAACUUUCUGUUUCAGAGGAACUGGGCAAAGGUAUUGCCUUACCCAGAAUGAGACAAGCACAGCUGGUCAACUCAGUUUUGGAGGUGAACAAGGUGAGUUAUACGAAAAGAAAACACACUAAGUAAUGUGGCAUUUAGAAUUUUGGGGCUAACCACUGUCUUUGUUUUCAACAGGGAUUCAUGACUGUCUUUUCAGAUACUCAAGUGCUGCUAACAGAUGGAGGGUUCAACUGACUAACAGACCUGUCAAAUGUUGGUACAUCAAAUUAGACUGCUCUGCAUCUCAGUACUCACUUUUACAUUUUAACUCAGUAAAGAAUUUAGGUCGAGCACACAAAAGUGUGCUUCUUAAUUUAGCAGUUAAAGGCAAAUGUAUCUGUCUGGUUUCUUAAACAUAAAUAAUCCUUGCUGCUCAGGUUGUGAUCAAUAUUUUUGUGCAUUAAUUAAUUUACACAUGUACAACCUUCAUGUCAAAUCAACAGUAAUCAAACUUUCAGGGCAACUGUACCAAUACUAGUGAAGUUGUAUUAACUUUGUUAGCUCAUUAUGGAUUAAAUAUUUCUAAUGCAUUUGUGUGUGUACAUGUUCAUGUCAUCUGAUUUUGAUUUUAAGAUAUUAAGAAUUAAGCCAAUAGAGGGGUUGUACAGAUAAAAUUCCCCCCAAAAAAAAAAAACUCGGAAAAAACAAAAUUUGAUGGUUUGCAAACCCUUUAAUCCCCAGGUUUGAUUCAAAAUAGUGCGAAGAAAAUAUAUCAGUUGUUGGAACUGGAAAUAUAUGCCAUGCCAGGUGCUCAACAGUUUAGGUCGUCUUUGUUGUGUUUUCCAUUUCAUGAUGCACUGAAGUUUUCACCUAGCAACGAAUCGGGAAUGCAAGCAGGCCGGUUCAGCUCCAGACUCUUCUUCUAUGGAGGAUGCUCCAAAACCUUUGUUGUUCAGGGCUAGUUUCUUCCCAGAAGUGUAAGCUCCAUGCCACCACAGAUGCCGGUUUUUGACCUUAAGGUUGAUAGGAGGCCAAAGUGAUCCAUCUGUACUGUAAAUCAGAGGUCAUAAUGCCCAUGACCUCCAAAAAGAAGUUAAAUUCUGGUUUGUCCGGCUACAAGACAGUUUUUCACUUUGCCUUUAGUUAUCUUGAAUGGGCCUGGGCUUCUGAUAUGUCUGGAUAUUUACAUUGUUUCCUUUUUGCAAAGUAUAGUUUUAACCUUCAUUUAUGCAUACAGCAACAAACAGGGUUCACAUUUAAUAUUUUUAUAAGUGAUUUAAAGCCCAUUUACUACUAAAGAGUCUGUGUGGUCAAAGGACCCAAACAUCAUGGUCAUCCAUCUGUUUUAGACCUCAGAAAUUUUUCUGAAUUUUGAUUCUCAGAGUUGUUCAAUAAUAUUGUGUAUCAUCUUUAAAGAUGAUAAUAUCUUCUAUUUCUUUACAAUUUUAUGCUCUGGAACAUUAGUCUGCAAUAGUUGAACUAUUUGCUCAUGCAGUCUCUGACUGAAUUGUGAACCUCUUCCCCUCUCAGCUUCCUGGAAAUUGUGAUAAAUGUAAAUAAAAACAUAAUUCAAUGAUUUGCAAA